UAUUCCCAAGUUAUACAUGUUCCCACCUGUGGAGUCAAAACAAAAAUCUUCUGGAAAGUCGUUUUGAAUUUUAAUAGCAAGCUAGUUAUACUCAUAGCAACCGAUAGCGUCGUAAUAGUUGAUACAAGUGUAACUUUCAUCGAAGUUAUUUGGUACAUUUCAGUAUGGAAGUGUCCCAAAAGACCCUCGUUUUGAACAGCACGUUUGAGUCUGUUUUUGUGUCAUAGCUGGGAAAAAACGCUAAAGUUAGCGGAGUUCGCUUAGCAUUAGCCAACCUCUUCUGAACGUUUUUGGACGGCAGAACUUUUAAACUCACUCCCUGCUCUUUUGUUCCAGUUUUUUUUAUUGGAAACAACACAAUGUCUAUCUUGGGAUUAAAGAAGAAACAGCCAAAGACUUUCAAAGUUAAAGUCAUCACUAUGGAUGCUGAAAUGGAGUUUAGUUGUGAGGUUAAAUGGAAAGGGAAAGACCUGUUUGACCUGGUGUGUCGCACUGUUGGUUUGAGAGAGACCUGGUUUUUUGGACUCAGGUACACCGUGAAGGACACCCAUGCCUGGCUGAAAUUAGAGAAAAAGGUUCUGGACCAGGAGGUUCCCAAAGACUCUCCCAUAACAUUUCACUUCCAAGCCAAGUUCUUCCCUGAAAAAGUAGAAGAGGAACUGGUUCAAGAAAUUACCCAACACCUCUUCUUCUUACAGGUGAAAAAGCAGAUAUUAGAUGAAGAGAUCUUCUGCUCUCCUGAAGCAUCUGUUCUUUUGGCGUCCUACGCCGUCCAGGCAAAGUACGGGGACUACGACCCAAACUUUCACAAGCUAGGUUUCCUUGCACAGGAUGAGCUGUUGCCAAAAAGUGUUCUGAUGCAGUACCAAAUGACAACCGUCAUGUGGGAGGAGAAGAUCACAGCUUGGUAUGCUGAACACAGAGGCAUUGCCAGGGACGAAGCUGAGAUGGAAUACCUAAAAAUUGCUCAGGACCUUGAAAUGUAUGGCGUCAGCUACUUUGCCAUCACUCAAAAUAAAAGGGACACAGACCUGCUACUUGGUGUUGAUGCUCAGGGUCUUCACAUAUACAGCCCCAACAGCAAACUCAAUCCCAAAAAGUCCUUCCCUUGGAGCGGGAUCCGUAAUAUCUCCUACAGUGAGAAGGAGUUUACAAUCAAACCUCUAGAGAAAAAAAAUGACGUUUUCAAAUUCUACUCAUCUCAGCUGCGCGUCAACAAGCUGAUCCUGCAGCUCUGCAUCGGGAACCACGAUCUGUUCAUGAGGAGGAGGAAGGUGGACACAAUUGAAGUGCAGCAGAUGAAGGCUCAAGCUAAAGAGGAGAAGGCGCGCAAAAAGAUGGAGAGACAGAUCCUGGCACGGGAGAAGCAGAUGAGGGAGGAUGCAGAACGAGCAAAAGAGGAAAUGGAGCGAAGGCUUUUCCAGCUGCAGGACGAGGCGCGACUCGCCAACGAGGCGCUGCUGAGAUCUGAGGAGACGGCAGACCUGCUGGCUGAGAAGGCUCAGAUCGCUGAGGAGGAGGCCAAACUUUUAGCUCACAAAGCUGCAGACGCUGAGCAAGAAAGGCAGAGGUUAGAGGUCACGGCCAUGAAAACCAAAGAGGAGAAAAGACUGAUGGAGCAGAAGAUGAGAGAGGCAGAGCAGCUGGCUGUAAAACUGGUGGAGCAGUCUGAGAGAAGGCUGAAGGAGGCUGAUCACCUGAAGCAGGACCUAACAGAAGCUAAAGAUGCCGAACGAAGAGCCAAGCAGAAGCUGCUGGAGAUCACCAAGACAACAUACCCCCUCAUAGCCGCCUACUCCACCCCCCCUGCUCCUCCUGAACCAGCUGACUUCAGCUGUGAAUCAGCGUCUGCGAAUCAACGUCUCGACUUCAAGGACUCCGACAUGAAGAGACUGUCGAUGGAGAUUGAGAGGGAGAGGCUGGAGUACAUGGAGAAGAGCAAACACCUGCAGGACCAGCUGAAAGAGCUGAAAUCAGAGAUUGAGUCUCUGAAGCUGGAGGAGCAACAGCAACAGGCCGGCGUGUACGGCCUCCACGGCGAGGCCAGAGGAUACGUCCAAGAACCUGUCUACAUACCUCACAGCAACCGAAACUCUGCGUACAUGUCUCAGAUGGCCUUCUUUGAAGAAGUGUGAUCUUAAUUCUCUAAAAAACGGAAAGCGGGAUCUGCUGGCCAUCCGAUCAGCCUCCUUCAUGUUUGGAUAAGUUUUACCUGAAUGAGACUAGCAGCAGACAGAAGCAUCAUCACCUCUGAAAGACUAUAAAUCUGUCCUCAGACAGACCGCUGCAGCUUUAUUGUUUCUGUUACAUGACAACAUGCGUGGACACGUUUUUUGGUGUAUUUUGUGUGGUGUUAGAUGGUCACAUACACACAGAUCAGUUGCUAUGACUCCUUUUAUAAGGAUCCAUUAUUUAUAAAACAUUAAUCAGAAUAAAAGCCUUAAUUUUUAUUGUUUUUUGAGUCACAUUAAAGCUUUUCGUCAGACCUGAUUUACAUUUUCAGGAUUAAAACAACUGAUAUUAGUUUUCUUAUAUAAAACUUUCAGCCGGUGUGUGUGGGGGGAGACUUUCAGUGUUUGGAAAUUUGUAUUUUUGUAUUUUCUCCCUUUAUCGAACCACACUAACUGACGGUAUCACACACAGGUGCCUUGAGUUGUGUUCACAGAUGAAUAUCACACAGCUUCAGGCUCCAAAGCUGACAUUUCAAGUUGAUAUAUAUUUUUGUACUCCAGACCGCUGACAGGCCUUGAACUUUACCUUUUGCUGAGAUUUAAGAUACUAAUGUGUUUCUUGGUGUAAAUGUUCAGAGUCACCUUCUGUUUCUUUAUGAUCUUCUGAAGCUAAAUUAUAAAGAAAUGAAAAGUGGCUCAACAUUUCCGCACAGGUCUGUGUGUCUAAGCUUUGGGAAACAUCGACUUUGUUAUUUUUUAUGUUUAUUUUUUUUUUUCAAUGAAUCCACCAAAAAGAAAUUGAUGUCUUUUCUUCCCUUAUUUCAUGCACUUCUCAGGAUUAGUGUUGGUGACAAUCACUGCUGGUAGAGUUUCAUUCACACACAUCCCCAUGGUACACUGUGUGUUAUACAGUCUUUAGUUUAGCCUGACUGAUACAGAACACAGUCUUCUCCAACAAUGGAGUCAGAUUCUGCACAGCAGCAGUCCUUCCUGCAGUGUUUGCUUUAAAAGUGUAAAACAUGAUCUGAGCAUAACUGAGCUCCAGCAACUUUGACCAAAACAAGCACGUCUGGGAUUUAAGCAGAAAUGUAAACAACUCCCAAAGCUGUUUUGGGUCAAACUGGCAAAUUUCCUUUCCUGUUCUGGUUGGAAUUUUUUAAACCAAGAAUAGGUGUGUGAUUUAAAUUCAGGAGCUUCUGAACAUAACAAACUGGAUGAGUUUGAGUCAUUAAUACGUUCAUUAUUACAGCCGUAUUACCUUAUAGAAGCUGUUAUUGGCCAGGCUCUGGUGUUAAACUAAUAAAAGUAUAGUUAAACAUUUAAAACCUGCAGUGGAAACUCUGCAGCUCACAGAAACACUUUGAUUGAAAUGAGCUGUUUUCUGUUGUAAAAAGGGCUGAAUUUACUCCCUGAGAUUAAUCCUGUCUCUUGAUUUAAACCAGUCUUUCAUAUUUCUACAGCAAAUUCUUUCUUAUAGUUUUACCAAUAAUGAACAUUAAUCUUGUGCUAGUUGGUUCCAUGUAUAUGUGCCUCAAUGUUCAAAUGUAUUUAUGUUAGAACUCUUCCGCAUUUCUUGUAGUUUGCAGUUUUGGGAAGAUUUUUUUUAUAAAUAAGAUUUCUCAACCAUGUUACCAUUUAGUGUAGGAGAAAAACGUAUUUUCACAUCUUAAACCCUUGAGAAGGAUGCUUUUAUCUGCUCAGUGCUUAGUUACACCAAGUUAUUUAAUGUAUAUACGUGCGUCACUGAAGCAACCUUAGACCUGUUAUGCUUGUUUGUUCACUCAUCCAUGUUAUUUGACAUUAUUGAACAAUGUUUCGUGCCUCUUGGUGUGUCUGUAAACUGCAUGAAUAGCGUUAUUAAGACCACACACACUUAUCAAAACAGAAUUUUCUUGACAAUAUUGUAACCAGCAUUUGAAAUAGAUUAAAAAAUCCUGAUACUUUG